GGGUAUAUUCGCACAUGCCAGCCAAGGCCACACUCUAUCAGCAAGCUGUGUGGCGUCCGGUUGCUUUUUCAGUCAUUCGUUGCGUCGCUGCGAUCUCAUCGUUCGUCUUGUUCCUACACGUUUUUGGCGUCGUCGUACAUUUACGUGUCCCGCUUACUCGCGUGCACCCUCUCUCUUUCACUCUGCAGCGCGCGUGCCUAAGUGUGGUGUGUGGUGUGUGUGCCUGUGUGCGUGCGUGUUGGCGAGCAGCGCGGCGCAGCACAAUAGAAAAGAAGAAGAAAAAGCUGAAGCUGAAGGAAAAAACAUAAGUGAAUUUUUUUCGGGUGGAAGCGCGGUGAAAUAUGCGUGCGUGCGCGCGUGUGUGUGUGCGUGUGUGCGAAAAUCAAUACGAAAACAUGAAUAACAAAUGCUAAAUAAGAAAAAUAGCUACAACGCACAACCGAAAAGAAGCUGAAACAAGAAAAAAGAAAGCGAAAAAAAAACGAGAAAAUAAUAAAUAAUAGGAAUUGGGAAGCCAGCAGGAAGGAACAGUUAGCCAUUCCAGUGAGCUAAAACAGCACACACACGCACGAACCCAUUUCCAGAUCCAGCCCAUCCAGGGCUUCCAAUUGACAGUUGCCAUUUGACAGUUGACAGUUGACAGUUUCCAGAAACGCAGCAGGAUGUCGCUGCAAACGAAAAGGCAGCACUGCUAUCUGUGCGAUUUACCGCGCAUGCCAUGGGCGAUGAUCAAUGACUUCUCAGAGGCGGUGUGCCGCGGUUGCGUCAACUACGAGGGCGCCGAUCGCAUCGAGGCGGUGCUGGACGCCGCCCGCCAAAUGAAGCGUCUCCAUCCCGCCAGCAAACAGCAGCGUUCCCAUGAGAACGGCGAAGUGUCCGCCGCUGCAGCGGCAGCCGUCGUCCUACAGCAGCAACAACAGUUACAAGUUGGUCCAGUUCCGGGACAAGGGCCAGGUUCCCAUCGCGGCGGCGGCGGUCCACCGGGUGCUCCGCCCGGCAGUGGUGGUCCCGGUCCAUCGGGCGCCGGUUCGCUCAGUUCCCUAGGCAAUGCCGUUGCUGCUGCCGCCGCCGCUGCUGCAGUGCAUCAUCACCAUCAGAUGCCCUAUCAAAUGCCAGUGCCACGCAUCGGUCCACCACUGGACUAUCCAGUUAAGCUGGAGGAUGCCCCCGGUGGCGGCGUGCGACCCGUACGCAUUUCACACAUGACGCCCCACCACCUGCCGCCAAAUGCGACCCGCGGCGGUGGCGGUGGACCCGGCGGCGGCGUACCCACCGCCGGCAGUGGCGGUGGCAGCCUACCGCCCGCCCUAUCCGUGAAUCUAAAGCGUCCGCCCAGCGAGGAUGUCGAUGUGGAUGUAAGCCAGCAGCAACAGCAGUCGGGACACGGCCUGCCGCCAGAUGGCGGCUCUGGCAACUCCCUAUCCGCCGGCGGAGGCGUAACCGGAGGCGGUCCGCCCGGCAUCAAGCGCAGCGCAAUGGACGAUCCAACUGGCGUGGGCGGCAGACCGCCAUUGACGCGUGGCGAAUCCCUGCCAGCGGCGGUCAGCUAUGUGCCCGAACGUCAGCUCAGCGGACUCCGUGAUAAGCAGCAGCCGGUCAGAGCGCCCAGUUUCGAUGCAUCGACCUUCAAAGCAGCCAAUCCGAUUCCUAAUCCGAUUCCACACCAUCUUCAUAUUGCAGAGCACAUGUCUCCGGCUAGUCGGCGCAAUGGAUCGAGUCCGCCCUCCGGACCGCUGCCCCCGCGCAGUGUACACUCGCCGAACAGUUCGGGUUCCUCGUCAGGACGUCGUUCGUCCGGAUCCCGUCACGUGUCCAGCACCACCGUUACCAGCUCCGAAGUGGGCGGCUCGAAUCCGGGCCAGGCGGUGGUGGCCGGCGGUCUUGGUGGCGGUGGCGGCGGAGGACCCGGCUCGAAUGCAGCCAGCGGCCAACUGGGCGGACCCAGUGGCGGCAGUGGACAGCUGAGCUGUACCAGCGGCGGACCGGGCGGCAGUGCCAGUUCCGGUAGCGGAGGCAAUGGAGCCAUUGGUCCCGCCUCCAUGGCACCAAAUUCGGUGGCCGGCGAUGGCAGUCCGGCCGGCGGCAAUGGUCCAUCCGGCAGCAAUGGCAGCGGUGGAUCCGUGAAUCCUGGACCCGGCAGCAGUGGAAGUCAGGGUGGCGGGGGAGGCGGCACACCACUGGCCAGCGGCGGCGGUUCGGCCGGCAGCGGCGGUCUCGGCGGAGCUCCGGGCAGCAGUGCCGCCUCGAAUUCGGCAGCGGCAGCAGCUGCGGCGGCUGCCCAGAAUGCCACGCUGAAGUGCACCCUGUGCCAGGAGCGCUUGGAGGACACGCACUUUGUGCAAUGCCCCUCGGUGAAUCACCACAAGUUCUGCUUCCCCUGCAGUCGCGAGAGCAUCAAACGCCAGAAUGGACUGGGCAACGAGGUGUACUGCCCCAGCGGCGAUCGCUGUCCACUGGCCAACUCGGUGAUACCGUGGGCAUUCAUGCAGGGCGAGAUCACCACCAUUCUGGGCGAGGAGGUCAAGGUGAAGAAGGAGCGCGAGUCUUAAUGUCCAUUUUACUGUAAGAAGCUGCGCAGGGCUUUGGAGCACUUUUGAGAGGCGACAACACUCCCCAGAUAAUAUCUGGCAUCCAACACUCGACACUCUCUGUUGGGUCACAUUUUAAGGAGCAACUGACAUUUUUUGGCCACGGCGGCGGCAUCUCAACAGUAGCAUAUAUAAAUGUAAAUGCACUGUCUUUGUCCAUGACGACCGACCAAAUAACAAAAACAAGAAAACAAAACAAAACAACAAGAAGGGCAACACAACAACAAAACAACAACAAGAAGGACAACACAACAACAAAACAACAACAAGACAACAACAAAACAACAACAAAACAACAACAACAAAACAACAACAACAAAACAACAACAAAACAACAACGACAACAACACAGCAACAAAACAACAACAACAACAAGGACAACAAACCUACAAAAACAACAAAACGACAUUAAAACCACACUUUUGUAGGUGUAAGCAACAAAAAAAUUAACAACAGAUGAUAUCACCUAAAUGAAAUUGCAAAUUGUUACCAGCAAAAUCAGAAAAACAAAUGUAAGCGAAUGUAAGCGUUGAUACACAUUUUUGUAGCUUACUUAUAAACGUUGGGAAAUUUGUCCCAACAAUAAACACCAACCAACACGAAAUUUCUACGAAAAUGCAUACGUAGCCAAGUGGGAAUGAUGUUCGAACCGAAAUGAUGCGAGAGAAACUUGUAAUUUUUCUUAAUAAAACGAUAGUAAACUAAAAUCAACCUUAUUGUAGCAGACACAAGCGGCAAACCACAAAUAAAGGAAAAUACACUUGCUGGCAUUAGAUAUAAAAUCCUUUUUUUUAAAUAUGAUUAUACAUAAAACCUAUACAUUAGGCGAUAACUAUAAUUCUGUUAUGUAGGCGAGCGAUUUAAUUCAUAAGUUACACUUAGUAUGUACGAAUUAAUUAAUUUAUUUCUAUACAUGUUGCCUAAUUUACAAUCGACACCUUACCCUCCUUCCUCACAAUUACUUUUUUUUUUAAUAUUUUUAUUCGUAUAAAUACCAUUUUUUUUCGUAAGUUAACUAAUUUAAGCACAGGAGGAAAAAACGAAUGGAAAAGAUAGAGAGAAAAACAGUUAUUAUGCUAAAGAAUUGUACAUACGUAUGCAUACCACAUAAUCGGAAUAUAAAUAUAUACAUAUAUUUAAUAAUAUAGAAAUAUAUUUAAUGUUGAACACGAAAUUGGCGGCAAAAACCACUGGCAACACACCGAUAACGGAGUUGCAGUGGAAUUUUAAACAGACUUUUAAAUCACAGCGAAUCCCAUUCGCUCACUGAACAUUUUAGCAACACUUUUUGUGCUUUUGAACGAGGCAGUCGGCCCAACUGGGCGAUAACUCCUCCGGGGUAUUAGAUUGGCAAAUGUUUUUUAGCUAUAUGUAUAUUUAUAUAUAUAUAGGAUGUAUAUAGCCGAUGUUGCUGGGCAUGAACUGCAAAAAGUAAGGAGCACACACAAACUGGACCAACCAAUCGAAAAAGCACAACAAAUCUCGAUAUCGGUUUGAAUCGAAUCAUUACCAGCACUAGAACUUUUUUGAGUGCGUCCCAAUAUACGUGGUUUGGUGGGAUUGCGUCAAUGCCAAUUGUCCUUUUUGCGGCUGCAAUUUGAAACUGAUUUAUAGAUGCUUUUUUACUAGGCUCGCAAGGAAAUCCGAAUGGAAAGCUAUAUUAACAUGAAGGAGGAAAACGGUCAAGCGAAUUGGUCAUGAAAUACAAUUUAUAUAUGCAUAACACAUGUGUAUAUACGUAUACAAAUGCAAAUAGAGGCAUAUUGAGCAGGGCAGGUACUAUCAAGUUCAAUUUGCCAAAUUCAUUCGAUUUAGUUCGACGUUUUAAAAUUUAAUGAAUGAAAUGAAAAUCGUAGAUUUAUAAAUGUAUAAAAAACGAAAUUAAUUUGAUUUUUCGUAGUUCCAAAACAUAUUUCCUAUUCGUUAGAACAAUUUAUUCUGUUUGAUUUUGAAUAAAUUGGUUUGGUUGGUUUUCUGAUAGCAGCGAUUUAAUUGUUAAAAGUGUUUCGAUGAAUUCGAUAGAAGCGUUGAUAACUUAACAUUUUUCGAUAACACCAAAUUUUCACGAAAUUGCUGGAGAAGUGAGUGAAAAAGAGUGGAGUCUCAAUUAACAAUCAUUUUUUAAAGCUAUUUAUUUUAAUGCUAUCAUUACUUUUUCCUUAGGCGCAGUGUUUAAGCUAACAAAAAUACUUCCAAAACAUAAAACUCAAAAGUACCAUAGCUUAGAGUCGUUUUUUCGCUUUGAAACUAAUUUUGUUAGCACGAAUACUGAGUUUAAUGCAGAUUUAUACACUUUUUCGUUUCUCUUCGAGCGGAAGAGCAGUUGGAACAAAAAAAAAAAGAUAAAGAAAACACAUUUUGUGAUAUAGCCUAGCAUGAAGAACAACAAGAAGAGCAUGAGAUCCUGGAAAUCGAAAAUACGAAAAUGGAAAAUGCAUGAAAAGCAAAAAGCUAAGAAAACUUGAACAGGCUUAGCACUUUGGCAAACCAGAAAACGAUCUCAAUUAAAAAAAUGAGAUUCCCAAUUAAAGAAAUAAACAAAAAAUAAAACAAAAGAAAAAUGGAAAAAAAUGAAAAAAAAUUUAUAAAGAAAUCAUACAAUAGGCCAAUACCAACGUUUUAGCAAUCUAAGUCUAAGAAGAAAACUAAUCGAAAUUUUCUUUACAACAAAACUAAACUAAAUAAUAACUAACGUUUGUAAACCUUGUGCGUGUGUGUGUAAAACAGUAGUGCUAUCUAAAUAUAAUACGGAUUAGAUAUCGCAUAAUGCAUCAACCCUAUAUAAGUACGAGUACAUACAUAUUAAAAAACCUAAAAAAAAAAAUCAAACGAAAUGAAAUAUAAACUAUAUUUGUGUGUUUGAUGUCAGUCAACUAAAUGUUAAAGUCAACUAACGAUCACGUAAUUGUAUUGCAUAGCCUAUAACAUUUUUUGAACGAAGCAAACCAAGUCGAUUCGAUUUAGCAUGAGUAUCAACUUUAUACUACAUAUACACUUAACGACUAAAGAUAGACACACAAGUGGUACAACUAAGAGGAAACACCGGAUGCAGCAGACACGAAAACAAAUACCUAAUCGAAAACGGAUGCUGGCAAUGAUUAAUUGAUGAUUGAUUAAUUGAUUGGGGACUUUGAUGACGGGCAAAACAAUUAAAAAUACUAUACAAAAUCGAAAAA